AUGAGAGUGAUCUUGUCACUUUUCCCCGCUAUAUUCGGUUGGAGUCGUGUAAUAGGAACCAUUGAUAUGUCUGCUCGGGUGUUCGAAUACAUCGUCGAUCAACUGACCGCCUACGAAUGCCGCAAGCUGGUCGCUUCAUUGUAUUUCGUGUCGGAUGACCUGCCUAGCGUGUUGGCGGAGGCCGAGGAGAGAAUACCUUCGAGUAUUUCGUGCUACGACCUGCUGAUUAGCUGGAACGGCGGUCGAGAGAAGUGGCAGGGUCGGGGUAAGUCGCACGGAAUAGUCGCGAGGCGGCUACGCCAACUGGGGAAGUCGGAGUUAGCUAGGCGACUCUCUGUCAUGGUAUUCCACAAUUUGGCCGAAGACAUAAAUAAGACUCUACUUAAUUACGCCUUUGACGACAACGGAAGCAACAAAGCCGGCCGUAGGCGAAAGCUGCUUAAGAAUAAACAUGUAAGCGCGUACAAACACUGUGAAGUGUAUGAUUCAGUUUUGUGGGCCGCACUACUAAGUAUGAGUGGGCUUGUACUGUUCAGUUGCUGUCGGGUCAUAUACUUAGCUUGCAAGAAUCUUAAGAUCGGCAAAGUUUCAGAUGAAGAGGAAUUGAAUUAUUUAUUAAAAGAUCGCCUUGUCACUGACGAUCAAGACUCG